AUGGCCAAUACAACAGAUGUCUUCGAAUUUGUCCUUCUCGGUUUCCCAGGUCUUUCAGAAAAGUUUCAUCUAGUGGUUUCCUUAAUAUUCUUCCUAAUGUACAAUGUAUCUCUGUUCUCGAAUGGCCUAGUAAUAGCCUUGAUCAUUCAGAGAGAACAUCUGCACCAACCAAUGUAUGUCAUUAUUGGAAACCUGGCCCUCUCUGACCUCAUAUUCGACACUUUGACCUUGCCAAAGAUCAUUGCCAAAUACUGGUUUAGAGAUGACUCUUUGUCCUUUAACGCAUGUUUUUUCCAAAUGUUCUUCGUUCAUAAUCUGGGUUCUCUAGACUCCUUUAUUAUCAUGCUGAUGGCGGUCGAUCGCUUUGUUGCCAUCUGUAAACCGCUUCAUUACUGUUCCAUUAUUACCAACAAAGUGGUCUCAAUUUUCUGCUUCAUUUUUUGGCUGAUAGCAGCGGCCGUUGGGCUGGGUAUUGCAGUUAUGGGGGCUCGUCUGCCGUACUGCGGGCCAAAUAAAAUUAGGAACUGCUUCUGCUCUCUCACUCCGGUGGCUGUUUUGUCCUGCGUAGACUCAAUAGUGACCAGGCGUACUGUGUUCACUAUAGCUUUGGUUGUGCAUCUUUUUCCAUUGUCCUACAUAAUAUCUUCCUAUGCGAUAAUAAUCUGGAAGAUCCACUUAAUGACCCAUUUUGGGAAUUGGCAGAACUUACUUUACACAUGCACCACCCACUGGUUGGUCAUUUUCUUGUACUUUGUCCCCAGAUUGGCCGUCUAUGUGUACAAUCAGUUUCAGCUAAUAUCUAAUGCCGAUGUCAAUACCUUACUUAUUUGUAUCUAUACAUUUGUGCCGCACUUUAUCAGUCCGAUAAUAUAUUGCCUUAGAACAGAAGAGAUAAAGCAGACUCUGAGAAAAGUCUUCCUGAAUAUGGUCAGUUUAUCACUGGGGAAAUAA